AUGAGAACUAUAUCAUUUUUGAUUCAACAAGAUCAUAUAUGGAUCAAGUCUUGAAUGCUUUGAAGGAUGAACAUGUACACAUUGUUGGGGUUUGUGGUAUGGGUGGAGUGGGAAAGACAACACUGAUUAAAGAAGUGGCGAAGAGAGCAAAGAAUGAGAAGUUGUUCAAUGAGGUUGUGAUGGUGACGAUAUCUCAAAAUCCAAAUAUCAAGAGCAUUCAGAAUGAAAUAGCAGAGCGUUUAGGAUUGAGGCUGGAUGAAGAGAGUGAAGAAGUAAGGGCGAUGAGAAUCGAUGAAAGGUUAGGAAAAUCCGGAAGAAUUCUGAUAAUAUUGGAUGAUGUAUGGGAGAAGUUGGAGCUUACAAAGAUAAGAAUCAGUCAGAAAGAUAAUUGCAAAGUGGCAGUGACAACAAGAAGCAGAGACAGUUGUGAGCAAAUUCAGUGUCAAAAGACAGUUGAAAUGAAGCCAUUAAAUGAUGGAGAGUCAUGGUUUUUGUUCAAGAGCAGAGCAGGGGAUCUUAUAGAGUCUCCUAUGAUACAAAGAACGGCACGGGAUGUGUUCAAAGAGUGUGGAGGUUUGCCACUAGUUCUUGCAAUCCUUGGUACUGCAUUGAAAGGGAAGGACCCUGAAAUAUGGACUGUGGCACUAAACCAAUUAAGGAAGUCAGUUAUGUUGGAUCUUCCUAAUGUGAGCAAACAAGUAUAUCAAUCCAUUGAACUCAGUUACAAGUUCUUAGAGAGUCAUGCAGUGAAGUUGUGCUUCUUGCUCUGCUGUGUCUUCCCUGAAGAUCAUGACAUUGAUGAGAUAGAGUUGAUGAGGCUCAUGGUGGGAGAAGGGCUAUUGAUAGAUGGUGCUGAUACUAUGGAUUUGGCACAGAGCAGAGUCCGAGGCUUGACAGAUAUUCUGAAAGGUUCUAAUUUACUUCUUGAGAGCCAGAAAGAAAGGCAUGUGAAAAUGCAUGAUGUUGUGAGAGAUGUAGCAAUCUGGAUUUCUCAAAGAGAGCAAGGUUUUCAUGUGCAGUCCGGAGUGAAUUUGAUCCAGUGGCCUCACACUCAACAACUACAAGAAUGUCGUCGGCUUUCACUGAUGAGAAACGAGAUUGCUGAACUUCCUGAUAUGAUAGACUGCCCCAAACUCCAGACAUUGAUACUCAGCCAUAAUAGAAUAUCAAGGAUCCCUGAUCAGUUCUUCUCACAAAUGGGAUCUCUGCUUGUUCUAGACCUGAGUUUUACCAAUAUUUCAUCACUUCCAAAGUCUGUCUCUUGCCUUACUAAUCUCAAAACACUGAACCUUGAGUGCUGCCAGAGCUUGAAAGAUGUAUCCCGAAUCAGAGAACUUAAAAAGCUUGAGAUAUUGAAUUUGGGAAGAACUCAACUGUCUUUCUUCCCAAGAGAAGCUGCAGCUUUGAUCCACCUGAGAUGCUUAGAUUUAACUGCAGCUUAUUCUACCAGCAAGUCUCUUGCAUCUCAUCUUGUCCGUGUUCCUUACAAGGCAGAGCAGUCAAGCAGAGUGCUUACAAAUAUACUGAUAAAAUUGGGCAAUUUAGAACAAUUGUUCAUGGAUAACUUUGAUGUGGAAUUCGGAGAACUUGCAAGAUUGACACGACUGACACAUCUGUUUGUUCAUGUGGAAGAUUCAGCCAGCUUAUCUCAAGACUUGGGAUCAUCACAAUUGUGGGCUCAGCUGACAAACUUCUGUAUCUGUUUUGUUCCUCGCAUCCGCCAACAUUCCAAUCCUUUGAGUAGGCAUGGAAAAACACUACACCUGACAAAAACCAAGGGUUUGGCUGGGUGGGUGAAGGUGCUGCUUGAUAGAACAACAAGCUUGGAGUUGUUUGACUGUGAGGAGACCACACUGCUUUCACAAUCCAGCAGUGAUACAGACUUCCCAGCAAGUUUGUUCUCAAACUUAAAGCACCUCAGAGUUGAUGGCUGGAAAAAUCUGAUUGAGUUGGGUGAUGAUCAGUCGUUGCCAGAAGGAGCUUUUGACAAACUGAGAGACAUGUCAGUGGUGAGUUGUCCCAAGUUGAGAAGCCUCUUGCCAUGCAAACUGUGGACAAGAAUGAAUCAAUUGAAGAAGCUAGUUGUCAAAGAGUGUCAUGAGAUGCUGCAAUUGUUCCCAUACAUCACUGGGAUGGUGGAGGAUAAGGAGAAACCAUCAUCAUCAUCAACAACCUUGCAAGGCCUUGGAAUUUUCAACAGCUUACGAGUUCUGCAUGUUGUUUCUUGUCCAAAACUGACAUAUAUCUUCUUGUUAAAACAAGCAGGUGGAAUGCAACAUUUGGAAGAACUACAUGUUGAAGACUGUGCUGCAUUGGAAAGAAUUGUGGUUUCUGAAGAAGAAAAACAAGUUGAUGACUGCUUGUUUCCUCUGUUGAAGAAGCUUUUGUUAAUAAGCUUGCAUGAACUCACCGCCUUAGUGACACAGACGGUGGCGUGGGAGUGGCCAUCUCUGGAAUAUCUUGAACUCAGGUCAUGUCCAAAGAUUAUGAAGACUGCGCUGAUUGGUCCCUUGACCUCUGAAAGAAUUGGAUUGCUUGUAGAUGGAGGCAAUCCGUGAGUGACUUUGCGAUUUCUGGUUUUGGUUUGUUGUGGUUUGGUUUGGUUGUUUGUGUAUUGUUUCAAAUUUCUGCUGGUGUUGGUUAAUUUGUUCUAUUUCUUUGUGUUUUGCUGCUUUUGGCAAAAGGCUGUGUUAUUGCCUUCAUUUGGUUGGGGAUUUGGAUUAUACUUUUCUGUAA